UUCCACUUUCCUUUUUCUCUCAUUUUUAGCAUCCAAUCUCUCUCUGCUGCCCCCUGAUGUUAGAAACAAGCAUGUGCGUCCAAAUGUUGUGGAAAAUAAAUAAAACUAUUUUACGACAGGUUUUACGAAUCGCUGCGGGAUGAUAUUAAAAAAAUAAGUAUUGAACAUCGUUAUAAAAUUGAUACGUGAUAAACCAAUAUAGCGUUUUGAUCCCUCCGAUGACAGCUUGUUUGUCACAGGAACAGUUCUGGUUGGACAACAAUAUAUAACUUCCGGGUUGAUCAACUCACGUUUUUCUGCUGGAGCAGCAGCUAUGAGCUAGCAAAGUCCGGGUCGUGUUGAGUUGUUUUUCUCUUUUAAAUCAAUAAAAAUGAGUCCGCUGUGUUCCUGCUGUAAUGCGCCUAUUAAUAAAAUAAAUCAGCAAGUUUCUGUGAUGCGGAAAGAAAUUAAGAACCUGAGACAGAUGCUGGACAGUUCUGUCAGAGCUCAUCGCAAACACAUGACAUCUCUUCAGGCUGCUGUGUCAAAGCUUGGCUUCUGUGAAGAUAAGGACCAGACACCUUCAUCACCACAAAAUGCAUUAGAACAAGGGAAUAUCCAGACGACACCAAUUGGUUACAUCACUUCCUGUUUUUCCUUGAAGAAUGGGACCCCCAGACAGCCCACCAUCUGCGGCCCAUCCCGUGCAGAACUGAGGAUCCAGCAGAGCGUCUUUAACAACGCCGAGCACGCCUUGCUGGGCCUGGACCAGUACUCCCAUGUCUGGAUUAUUUUCCUCUUUCACAAAAAUGGACACCUGAGCUCCAAAGCCAAAGUGAAGCCUCCCAGAUUGAAUGGUCAGAAGGUUGGCGUGUACUCCACCCGCAGUCCACACAGACCAAACGCUCUGGGCCUGACUCUGGCCAAGCUGGAUAAAAUUGCAGGCGACACAUUAUAUCUGUCAGACAUUGACAUGAUUGAUGGGACUCCGGUCCUGGACAUCAAACCCUACAUUCCAGACUAUGAUUCCCCGGACAGGAGGACAGGUUUAAACACGCAGCUGUACGAGUCUAACUCAGACCUGCCUGCUGCGUCUGGGAACACGGAGACGAGCAGCUUAAACCUUGAUGGAGACUCUAAACGUGCUCAGUUUAACACUGGGGACAAAAGAACGGCUGAUGAUGAUGAUGAUGACAGAUCUGAGGCAGACGUUUGUUGUAAAAACUCCCUGAGUGAUAAUGCUCGUGGUGUUCUGCCUGAAGACGUCCGCAGUGCGCUGGAGGACGUCAGAGCCUUUGUAACCCAGGAUGAUCGUAGGAUGAAAAGUAAAGUUUCUGACUGUUCGACACCCACAGCACCGCCGUCCACCACGGACCAUCCCUGCUACGGCGAGGAAGACUCUGCAACCAUCGCCAGCUGGAUCAGAGAGCCUCCUGUUGCCUGUCUGGAUGUUCGCUUCACUCCUCAGGCUGAGAAGCAGCUGGCAGAAUUCCUUCCUGCUCACCUGUCAGAACCAUCUGAAAGCGACAGACCCUGUUUUAAGUUUUUGCGAGGUCCAGAGGAGGCUGUUGCCGCCAUCAGGGGGGUCCUGUCAGCAGACCCCAGAUCUGUGUACAGGAGAACUCGCUGCAGAGACAGACUCUUCUUCUUCACCAUCGACACAGCAGACGUCACCUGCUGGUUUGGACAAGGUUUUGCUGAGGUUCUGCAAAUUCGACCCGUUAAGCAUCACAGGGAUGAAGAAUGACACAAAUAGCUUAAUUAAAUGUUGUCUUAGUUGUGCUAAAAAAAACACACAUUAAAGACGUUUUUAUGAUCAGAGAUUUGUAAGAAGAAAUCCACAGUCGUUUCUGUCAAACUGGCAUGGUAUAUAUCAUAAAAGUAAUUAAAUGGUGCAAAACUGA